CAAAAAUGGCGACGUUCUCGUCAUUUGGGAUGACUUUUUGAUGGCAAGUGCAACAACACACACACGAGACCACGACAACAAAGCCAUGAGCUCGCGACCUGAAGAUGCACCUGAACACUGUCCGGGUACGGAGAGUGAGAAUGCUGGGAAGGCAUCCGCUUGUGAGGGAUGCCCAAACCAGCGCAUCUGUGCAUCCAGUCAACCCAAAGGACCAGACCCUGACCUGCCGCUGAUUGAGAAGCAAAUGUCAACCGUCAAGCAGAAGAUCCUCGUGUUGUCAGGCAAAGGCGGCGUGGGAAAGAGCACGUUCACAGCAAACCUUGCGCGCGCGUUUGCACUCGACGAGACCAAGCAAGUGGGCGUGCUUGACGUGGAUAUCUGCGGCCCUUCCCAACCCAAAGUCUUCCAAGCCGAAGGCGAACAAGUCCACAACUCCGGCAGCGGCUGGUCCCCAGUGAGUGUUGAGGACAACAUUUGCUUGAUGAGCGUUGGUUUCCUCCUCGGCGAUCCGCGCGAAGCCGUCAUCUGGCGCGGUCCAAAGAAGAACGAGAUCCAAGCGGCUGCAGACAAGGGAGGCGACAGGCAAGACGAGGCAGCGUAG